AUGAAGAAGAGCGUCUUCCUUGCCUUCGCCGAGGACUCGGACGAUGACACGGCCAUUAGCCAGCACUACAGCGCCAACGCAGACAAGGCCGCCAAGCAGACCAAGCAGAAGGAGAAGCAGAAGGCCAAGAAGCAAGAAGAGCUCACGCUCAAGAGCUUGGCCAUGUGCGCGACGUCCAAGAAGUCCAAGAAGAAAAAGAAAGGUGCGUCGGCGACGGCCACGCUUGCAGACGACGACGAGCUAGCGGCGCCCGAGCCAGAGCCAGUUGUAGAGACGCCGGCGCCGCCGCCCAUGUCGUUUGCCGACAAGCUCCGCGAAGCCCAAACCAAGCCAAAGGCCCCGGUUGUCGCCGAGCCCAAGCCGCGCGCCGUUGUUGUUGAACUCAAGCCCAAGCCGGUGGUCGUUGAACUCAAACCCAAGCCGGUGGUCGUGGAACUAAAGCCAAAGGUCGUGUCGCAGCCGCCGCCCGAAGCAAAGCCCAAGCCAGUAGCGCAGCCGCCUGCGACCAAGGCCAAGCCCGCGGUGCAGCCCAAGGCCAAGCCGGCUGCUGCACCUGUCGUUGCCAAGCCUGCGCCGGUUGCGAUCCCCGAGCCCAAGUCCAAACCGGCUCCGCUAGCAACGCCCGCUGCCCCGACGCCUGCUGUUGUCAAGCCGACGCCGACAUCGGCUGUCAAGCCUGCCCAAGCGCCGGUUGCCAAGCCGGCGCCGGUGGUCGAACAAAAGCCCAUCAAGCAGCCCGUGGCCGAGCCAAAGCCCAAGCCAUCCCCCGUAGUCGAACAACCCAAGCAGAAACCCGUGGCCCCUGUAGCGGAGCCCAAGCCCAAGGCGCAGACGGUCGCGUCGCCGGCGCCCAUCGUGCCACCCCCCACGCCUGUUGCGAUCCAGCAGCGUACCUCGCCGCGCCACGAGCAUCCGGCAGCUGUGCGUCCGUCGAGCGGCUCGGCCACGCCACCGCCGUCCUUGUCGCCGCCGUCGCUGCACAGCCCCAAAAUCAACUUGAACGCAGUGUCCUACCACCCGAAACACAUAACCGUCUUCAUUCCUGGCCAGGCAGAAACCGUGCUGGACGUGGACGAAGUCAUGUCCCGCGCGCAGUACUUCAAGCAGACAGCCGAGUCGCUCAUGGCUGUCAACCGCAACGGCGAAAUGGAGAACGCGCAGCUCCGGGACCACUUGUCGCGGUCGCUCCUCCGAAUGGAGCAGCUCGAGCACGAGAAUCGCCUCCUGCAGCAGCUCAACAUGACGCUCCAGACGGAGCUCGCGACGCUCCAUGGCCACCUCAAGCCGCAACUCAGCAUGCGUCCGCCCGGGCUCUGAGCCGCUUUUCGCUAGGCACUUUGGCACGUCCUUAGUUAUUUAGAUUUAGAACCUAACGAACCCACGGCCCU